AUGGCAGCCAAGUAUGGCCACAUGUUCAGGGAUAGGAAUGGGGAUGACUACUUGUUCAUCAACAACCUAGCCAAGGGUUCUUUCCAGCUCGCCCAGAGAGUGCUGCACUUACGUACCGGCCGGGUUGUCGUGCGCAAGAUAUGCCUUACAGGUAAGUACAAGGACAACAACGAGAAUUGGGACGCUGGGCUUGCCGCUCAGCUCAAUAGGACCGAGUGGGUCCCCAUUGAGGGCGUCGAACCUCCCCGCUUCGCCCGAUUAAUAUCAGCCACGCCAUCGGCCGUGGACUCGUUCUGGGAGUUGUACAACUGCGGAAGCAUCAUGGACAUUGAGGAAACCAUGCCAUUUGACGUGGUACACAACGACCUCGACCUCCGCAAUGUCUGGGUGCACCUGCCCGCCCAAGACCAGGACCGGACGCUGCGGGGGUCGCCGAGCACCACCGACCGUUGGAACCUGCUCGCGCUGAAGGAUAUUGUCAACAAGCUGCACAAGCAGUGCGUGAAUGAGGUGUCGUUUGAGAAGGGGACGGUCAAGGACUUGAUUCCUUUCAUCAAGACUACGAUCGCAUCCGUGUCGCAGCUUGAGGCAGCCCACAGCAGCGCCGGGAAACCCAUCCUGGAGCCCGAGUUUGCGCAACUCCUCAAGGACCGGACCAAUGCUAUCACAGCGCCGAAGCAUGGCGAUUGGCAGGGCCAGCCGCUAUUGCACGACACCAUGCAGGAGAUAAAGAUUGCGAGCGGCAUCCGAGGUCCGUGGUACAUUGCCGAGGUCGAUCCAUGUUCACAGCACGUGUCGAAUAUUGGCAGAGAUGCCCGUGGCUGA